UUUUUGGAUUUUUUUUUUUGCAGGUUUUUAUAAUAAGUAAAGAGAAUGAAUCCCGAUAAAUUCACUCACAAGACGAAUGAGGCUCUUGCCGGGGCUCAUGAGCUAGCAACGAGCAAUGGCCAUGCCCAAUUCACUCCCCUCCAUCUUGCGGUAGCUUUAAUAUCCGACUCCCAAGGCAUCUUUUAUCAAGCAAUCUCCAACGCCGGAGGUGAUGGUGUCGCACAAUCCGUCUAUAGGGUAUUCAAUCAAGCCUUGAAAAAGCUUCCAGCACAGUCACCUCCACCAGAUCAAGUCCCUGCUAGUUCUUCUCUUGUUAAGGCAGUCCGUCGCGCCCAAGCCGCCCAAAAGUCUCGCGGGGAUACCCAUUUGGCGGUCGAUCAAUUGAUUCUAGGCCUCCUUGAGGAUUCUCAGAUUACGGAUUUGUUGAAAGAAGCAGGGGUUACACCAGCAAAAGUGAAAUCCGAGCUUGAAAAGCUUCGAGGAAAAGAAGGGAAAAAGGUGGAGAGUGCAUCAGGGGACACUACAUUUCAAGCAUUAAAAUCAUAUGGGACUGACCUUGUUGAGCAAGCAGGGAAGCUUGAUCCUGUAAUAGGCCGAGAUGAAGAAAUUAGAAGGGUCAUUAGGAUCCUGUCUAGAAGAACUAAAAACAACCCAGUUCUAAUUGGAGAACCAGGUGUUGGUAAAACUGCUGUGGUAGAGGGUUUGGCUCAAAGAAUUGUGAGGGGAGAUGUGCCUAGUAAUCUUGCCGAUGUUCGGCUCGUUGCGUUGGAUAUGUGUGCACUGAUUGCAGGAGCGAAAUAUAGAGGAGAGUUUGAAGAAAGAUUGAAAGCGGUUUUGAAAGAAGUUGAGGAAGCUGAAGGGAAAGUGAUUCUCUUCAUUGAUGAAAUCCACUUAGUACUUGGUGCUGGUCGAACCGAGGGUUCCAUGGAUGCAGCCAACCUCUUUAAACCUAUGCUUGCUAGGGGUCAACUUAGGUGCAUUGGUGCUACUACGUUGGAAGAAUAUAGAAAGUAUGUUGAAAAAGAUGCUGCAUUUGAGAGAAGGUUUCAACAGGUUUAUGUUGCUGAGCCUAGUGUACUGGACACCGUUAGCAUCCUUCGAGGAUUAAAGGAAAAAUACGAGGGUCAUCAUGGUGUUAGGAUUCAAGACCGUGCUUUGGUGAUUGCAGCUCAACUGUCAAGUCGAUAUAUUACUGGACGUCAUCUUCCUGACAAAGAUGAUUUGGUUGAUGAAGCUUGUGCAAAUGUGAGAGUUCAGCUUGAUAGUCAGCCUGAAGAAAUUGAUAAUCAUGAAAGGAAAAGAAUGCAACUAGAAGUUGAGCUUCAUGCAUUGGAGAAAGAGAAGGAUAAGGCUAGCAAAGCUCGACUGGUUGAAGUCCGGAAAGAACUUGAUGAUUUAAGGGACAAGCUUCUGCCAUUGAUGAUGAAAUAUCGAAAGGAGAAAGAAAGGGUUGAUGAGAUUCGAAGAUUGAAGCAGAAGAGAGAAGAACUCAUGCUUGCUUUACAGGAGGCUGAAAGGAGAUAUGAUUUGGCAAGAGCUGCUGAUUUGAGAUAUGGGGCGAUUCAGGAAGUGGAAUCUGCACUAGCCCAGAUCCAAGGCACAGCAGAUGAGAACAUAAUGUUAACCGAAACAGUUGGACCUGAACACAUUGCCGAGGUUGUAAGCCGCUGGACUGGCAUUCCCGUCACGAGGCUUGGACAGAAUGAGAAGGAGAGGUUGAUUGUGCUUGCAGAGAGGUUGCAUCAAAGAGUGGUGGGACAAAACCAGGCCGUUGAUGCUGUUGCAGAAGCUGUUUUGAGGUCGAGAGCUGGAUUAGGAAGGCCACAACAACCAACUGGCUCAUUCCUUUUCUUGUGUCCAACUGGUGUUGGCAAGACGGAGCUUGCUAAGUCACUAGCGGAACAACUCUUUGAUGAUGAGAAUCUGCUGAUCAGGAUCGAUAUGUCUGAGUACAUGGAGCAACAUUCAGUGGCUCGACUUAUUGGGGCACCACCUGGGUAUGUUGGCCACGAGGAAGGAGGGCAGCUUACGGAGGCAGUGAGGAGGAGGCCUUACAGUAUUGUACUCUUUGAUGAAGUUGAGAAAGCACACCUCUCUGUUUUCAACACACUACUUCAAGUCUUGGAUGAUGGCCGGUUAACUGAUGGCCAGGGCCGCACUGUGGACUUCAGAAAUACCGUGAUCAUCAUGACAUCAAACCUUGGAGCAGAACAUCUUCUUUCAGGACUUAGUGGGGAAUGUACAAUGCACGUUGCUCGUGAUCGAGUCAUGCAAUAGGUAAGGCGACAUUUUAGACCAGAGUUGCUCAACAGGCUCGAUGAGAUCGCCGUUUUUGACCCUCUAUCACAUGACCAAUUGAGGAAAGUUGCUAGAUUGCAAAUGAUGGAUGUUGCAAGCCGCCUUGGUGAAAGGGGUAUUGCAUUGGCUGUAGAAGAUUCAGCAUUGGACUAUAUUCUUGCUGAGAGUUGUGAUCCAGUUUAUGGUGCAAGACCUAUUAGGAGAUGGCUUGAGAAGAAAGUUGUGACCGAGCUAUCAAGGAUGCUUGUGAAGGAAGAAAUCGAUGAGAACUCGACAGUUUACAUCGAUGCUCCGAAUGGAAGUGAGUUAGUGUAUUGGGUUGAGAAGAAUGGAGGGUUAGUCAAUGCAGAGACUGGGCAAAAAGCGGAUGUAUUGAUUCGAAUCCCGAACGGAACAAGAAGAAGUGAUGCUGCACAAGCAGUGAAGAAGAUGAAGAUUGAGAAGAUAGAUGAUGAAGAUGAAAUGGACUCUUGAACCGAUUUAUUUGCUUUUUAGUACAAUAAGUCAUGUUGAAUAUUGAAUAGUGGACGGCUGGAACGAGCACUAUUGUGAUUGUAAGUAAUUUCAUAGGGCAUUUGUUAAAAUGAAAAUUGUAUAUACAAUGAAUAAUCGAGUUGGUUUGUUUUGAAAAA